CCCAUCCCGGCGGCGCAUGCGGCGGGCGGGGGAUGGCCGGCCAUGGCGCUGGCGGCCUCGGCGCUCCGGCGGUACCUGCUGCUGCUGGCGCAGGAGCACCUGGAGUUCCGCCUGCCGGAAAUAACAUCAUUGCUCUCCCUUUGUGGUGGAAAAUUCAGCGGUGAGCAGGAAAUUCGUGUUAAUUCUCCAUUUUGGAUUCUCAAUAUUCCUUCAGAAGAGAUGGCAAGGGGACUAAUGAAACGGACAGUAUGUGCAAAGUCUAUAUUUGAACUGUGGGGUCAUGGAAGAUCUGAGGGGGAGCUCUAUGCCUCUUUGAAGAACUAUCCAGUGGACAAGAUGCUUCCAUAUCUACAGUCAGACUCUACUUACAAAGUACAUAUUCAUACAUUUAAUAAAACACUGACCCAAGCACAGAAAAUAAAAAAGAUUGAUGCCCUUGAAUUUCUGCCAUUCAAAGGAAAAGUAAAUUUAAAGAAUCCAGAACAUAUCUUCUGGAUUUUGGAAGAUUAUGGAACGGACCCAAAUAAUGUUCCAGAAGAGCCCUUUCAUCUGUAUUUUGGUAGAUGGAUUGCAGAUGGCCAAAGAGAACUCAUUGAAUCCUACAGUGUAAAGAAGAGACACUUUAUUGGAAAUACAAGCAUGGAUGCCUGCCUGUCUUUCAUUAUGGCCAACCAUGGGAGAGUAAAACCCAAUGAUGUUGUAUGUGAUCCAUUUGUUGGAACAGGUGGCCUUCUAAUCUCCUCAGCACACUUCGGAGCAUAUGUGUGUGGUACUGAUAUAGAUUACAACACAAUCCACGGAUUAGGCAAGGCAAGCAGAAAGAACCAGAAAUGGAGAGGGCCAGAUGAAAAUAUCAGAGCUAAUCUCCGACAGUAUGGUUUAGAGAAAUACUACCUCGAUGCACUGGUUGCUGAUUCUUCAAGGCCGAUAUGGCGAAAAGGGAUGCUGUUCGACGCAAUCAUUACAGACCCACCUUAUGGUAUCAGAGAAGCUACUCGCAGAACAGGUUCACUGAAGGAAGCAGUUAAGUCAGUUGAAAGAAGCGCAGAAAAUCACAUCUUCGUUUCAUCCAAUUAUCAUCUAAGUGACAUCUUUUUUGACCUGUUGAAGUUUGCUGCAGAACAUCUGGUGAUGGGAGGAAGAUUAGUUUACUGGCUGCCGAUAUACAGGCCUGAAUAUACAGAAGAAAUCAUUCCCCGCCACCCGUGCCUGAAACUUAUUAGCAACUGUGAGCAGAUGCUUUCCAGGCACACAUCAAGGCGCCUGAUUACCAUGGAAAAGGUGAAGGAAUUCAAGGUAAGCUUGAAUUCUUGAUUACAUUCUGUAAAAUAGUAGCUAUUGCAUUCAUGACAAGUUUGUGCUCUUUGCCAGUUGAUCCUUACUUAUAUCACACUUGAGUUUUUAUGGUCAGAUUUAGAGCUUUUG